AUGUCGGUCCCGGCUCCAAAUCCCGUCGUGGCGCCUGACCAUGUUCACGCGCUGCUUAAUCGUCUGCAUCAAGAGUCACUUGCACAAGAAGCAGCUCUCCCGUCUACAUAUCUGAGCUCUCGCGAUGGAUUCGAUGAGCUAAUGCGAGACAAGUUCAUUGCACUGGACCAAGACAAGUGCCACUUCGUCUAUCAGCUGGCCAGAGCCACCGGGGCUCGCAAUAUCGUCGAGAUUGGCACCAGCUUUGGCGUGAGCACGAUAUAUCUUGCGUUGGCCAUCGGUAGUAAUCUUGAACAUCUCGGUGGCGAGGGUAUAGUCAUCGCCACGGAAAAAGAGCAUACAAAGGCAGAGAAGGCUCGUCAGUACUGGAAGGAAGCUGGUGAGGAUCUCGUGAUGCGUCACGUCGAUCUGAGAGAAGGGGAUCUCCUCGAGACACUGAAGAACAACAUCCCGCAGGUCGAUCUAGUUCUUCUGGAUAUCUGGGCUCCGGUUGCCCUGCCUGCCCUGAAGCUUCUAGAGCCGAAGCUCAGGUCCGGGGCCGUUGUCAUCAUUGAUAAUUCAAUUGCUUCCGCCACACGAUAUAAGGAGCUCUUGGACCAUUUGAGGUCCUCGGCGAGCGGCUAUACAAAUCUGACUCUCCCUUAUUCCAAGGGCUUAGAGAUGUGUGUCAAGAUCCAAUAA